AAAGGACCCCAGUGCAAGUCCAUUGGAAAAGGCAGCUGCAACCAUGUAGUAGACACCAGCAGUCCCAUGACAGUUCAACAGCUGAGACCUGUUUCACCUCCUUCCAAUCAGGUUUCAACAGCAUGCAGCCAGAUCAGCCUGAGUGCUUCUCCAUCAGAUACAAGGUCGCUCUUGUCAUGUGAGUCUCUGGCCUCUACGACAUUAAGCUUGUCAGAAAGUCAGUCCACUUUAAGUGUUAAGCAAGAGUGGUUGCAUGGGUACAGGACACUUCCUUCUGUUCCUCCUGACCAAGGUUUACAAAAUGGCAGUGAGCUAGCAGACUUACUAAAUUUUUCACCUGAAACGUCUGUGUCCAGUAAGUGUGUCUCUAACUCGUUACCAUCCUACUUACAUGUCCAGGAAAAUAAGCAUUCUCCUUACUCUAGUCCUUGCCAUUCCUCAGCUCGGUCUCAGUCAGCCCGCUCCAGAAAGAGAGCACUCUCUCUGUCUCCUCUGUCUGAUGGCGUUGGCAUCGACUUCAAUACAAUCAUCCGUACAUCCCCAACCUCACUGGUGGCCUACAUCAACAGCUCCAGAACAUCACCAGCAAAUGCCUCCCCGCAGCCGGAGGUCUAUGGACAUUUUUUGGGAGUGAGAGGAAGCUGUAUACCCCAAAAUUGCUCUGUUCCAACUGCCCAGAAAGGCCUUCUCAUGGCUAAUGGCAAUGUCACCUUCCCAGGGUACAUUGAGAAUGGGGCUGGUGAGUACCAGCGGAUGCAGCAGCUGGAGCAAGCCAACUUGCAGAUGGCCGCCACAAGUAACAUGGUGAUCCAGCAUGGUGUGCUGCCCACAGACAGCCCGGCAGUGGGCAUCUGGAAAAAUGAACAGCUGGCUGACUUCUCAGGCCAUGGAGUCGACAUGCCCCCUCCACCCCUGCUGCCGCCACCUCCUCCACAAGGGCCACCCCCGCCAUACCAUGCUCACCAGCACCGGCAUCCACACAGCCUCCCCAAUUGCAUCCAUCCCCUGCCUGUGCUUCCUUCUGCGCUGGGCUCCCUGCUUGGUGAAGAUGGUGAGCUAGAUGAUUUCAAUGGCAAGCAUGGGUGUCGCUGGGUUGACUGUGGUGUGCUGUAUGACCAGCAAGAGGAACUUGUGCGGCACAUAGAGAAGAUCCAUAUAGACCAGAGGAAGGGAGAGGACUUCACUUGCUUCUGGGCAGGGUGCCCACGAAGGUACAAGCCAUUUAAUGCCCGUUAUAAACUGCUGAUUCACAUGAGAGUCCACUCAGGAGAGAAGCCGAACAAAUGCACA